UCCGAAAACCUGUGGUUACGUCAGCGUCACACGCUUAGACAGGUUCCGCCUGGACCAGCGCUGUAAAGGUGUGGACUUGCACAUUUGACGAUGGGAGCCAUAAUAUCACGGUGGAAGACGAAGCCUUCCACUGUGGAACUUCUCGAGUCGCUUGAUAAGGAUGUAAAGGACCUGGAGGAGUUUCGUACGAAGAACCAGCGUUUGUUGAAGUUGUGGGUCGGCCGACUUCUCUUCUACUCAUCUGCUCUGUAUCUGUUCACUUGCGUGUUUGUGUAUUACCUUUACUUUCCUGAACAGUGGAGCGCUCGAAUCAUCACUGCCCUGCCUUUACUCUUCUUUCCAGUACUUGUGUUUUUGCUACGAAAGUUUCUCAUCUUCCUCUUCUCUAAACGCACAGAAAGAAACAAUGAAAAGUUAGAAGAUUUAAAAACGCAGAAACGAAAAAUACUAGAGGAGGUGAUGGAAAAGGAGACCUACAAAAACGCUAAACUCAUACUGGAGAGAUUUGACCCGGAGUCUAAAAAGAAAGCAGAAGCUGAAGCCACUCCGGUCAGACCCCAUAUGACCCCUCGGCCAGGUCAAGAUCUACGACAGCGCCAUGUUGCCAUGGCUACUCCGGGACUGUUGCCAAUGACUCCAGGAGCCACACCACUCCGCACCGCCCCAGGCGGGCCUCCAGAGAAAGGGGGGGCGGGGCCUGUGACCAGCCCUCCCAGUACGCCACAACAAAUGAUGAGACAAAGCAUGAGUCCAUACUCUCCAGGACCAGGAUCAGGUAUGCGUCCGCCUGGUCCGCCUCUUGCUCGGCCCAUUCUCCCUCGAGAACGCACCUCUGUGGAUAGAGUCAUUGAGUAUUUGGUUGGAGAUGGACCUCAGAACAGAUAUGCAUUGAUUUGCCAGCAGUGUUUUUCACAUAAUGGUAUGGCUUUAAAGGAAGAAUUUGAAUAUAUAGCAUUCCGUUGCGCAUACUGUUAUUUCAUGAACCCGGCGAGAAAGACCCGCCCCCAGGCACCCAGACUCCCAGAGUUCAGCUUUGAGCGCAGACUCCGCUCUGAAUCUCCCGAAACACAGUCUUCUGCUGCCACAGAGACGCCAGAGGACAGCGACGCUCCUGAAGUGGCGGCCCGUUCCACUCGUGUUUCACACUCUGGCACCCCCUGGAGUAAAGUUCAUAGUUUCAGCAGAACUCACUCAGAUGACAUGGAAAAAACAACAUCCACUGAACCUCAAGACCCCACCGCUGGACAUGCUGCUGUCGAUCAUGAGCCGGGCACAGAGAUGACAAACAGCCGACGCAGUCCCGUCCCAUCAGAGGAUGCCCAGCUGAAAGAAGAAGAGGCCGCAAUUGGGGAGGAGCAGCAGAAAGAGGAGUCCAACUGAAAUCUGUCUGACUGUUGAGCUUUCACUUCUUCUGUUCAUGACUUCGUUUUCUGGCGUUCGUGUUCAUUUGUAUAAUUCUAUUGGCUGGCAAGAAUUUUUACAGAUCAUUUAUUUAUUUAUUGUUUGAGCGCAGCCUUUAGAUAAAGUAGAGCACGCUAUCUCAUUACAUUAUUUAAUAGAGAUGAUGUGGUAUGUGACCCACAGUGUCAACAUCAACCAAACAUUUGCACGUUUUUUUGUGAGGGUUAUACACAAAACAAACUACAGCUGCAAAAAAAGUCAGAAGGUUGAAAGCAUCAGUUUUGUUAAGUGUUAACAUUCAAUAUUACAGAGUUAAUAGGAACAAACAUGUAGCAGGGUUAUUUUGACAAGAGUUUUGUUUUCUUUAAUGUUUACAGGAUGACUUAGUGUAAAAAAUACACUCUUUGCCAAAAGUGUUAUGUUAUUUUGGAUAUUUAUUGCUUUUGUUUUAUUUGCGUGUUUAAUUUUCGGCCGACGGUUUGUUGGUUGGUUUGUAUAAUUCAAUUGUCUUGUGCCUUUCUGGUUAGGAACUUGCUGCACUGAUAGGCUUUUACAAAAUGUGACAAAAGAAUUCAAAACAUGCUUUGGAUGUUUUCUGCGUUGAUAGAAGUUAACACUUAGGUAAAUUAAUGAUACAUGAUGUUUAUUCAUAAAUAUAUAGUCUGAAUAUUUUUUUGGAGUUUUCUAAAGUGUCUCAGCUCAACAGGAACACAUCAAUUUUGUGUACUUGUGAACUGGAAGUAGUCAUUUGUUUCAGGUUGGCUGUGCACGUGUCUGUUGAAUUGACAGAAUUUUGCGUGCGCAUGUAAAACCCAAUAAACAUUUGCUUUUCUACAGCAUGAUUCAUUAAACAUUUUGAUGCAAAAAGCAAACCUCGCUGUCAAAUUUAAAACCUAUUUCCUUUGCUGAUGUCUCAGCAAUUGUUUUUAAUACCCUCCAGGGAAAGAUAUAGAAUCCUGCAGGAAAAUUCUACUGGAUUUAAUGGUUAUAAUAGGAAUUUUCUUGGAUUUCAUGGAAUCUAUAGUGGUCUCUGAAUAGAUCACUGCUGGUUGUGUUCUAUUAGUGUGUGGGAACAAAGAAUAAAAAAACAUGAAGAGUU